UAUGGGGACUCAGACUGGCCAUGGCGACUCAAGAACUCAAGUGGGAUGUCUUCAACUGGGCAAGAUGUUGAGGUGCCAUCCACAUCACAGUUGGUUUCAUACUAUGGAAUGGUAUCAAGCAAAGACCAGAUCAGAGCUAAAAAUGACCAGGAUCAGAUGUCAACCAAUGUCCCAAAUGAGACAGAUCCAGUCCUGGAUUCACUCCCCAUCAAUUCAGAGGAAUUGGAAGAAGAAAGGUCCCAAAGUCCUGACUGUAUUCAUACAACUUCCACAGCUGGCAACACAGAACAGAUCAGAGCUGAAAAUGACCAGGAUCAGAUGACAACCAAUGUCCCAAACAAGACAGAUCCAGUCCUGGAUUCACUGCCCAUCACUUCAGAGGAAUUGGAAGAAGAAAGGUCCCAAAGUCCUGACUGUAUUCAUACAACUUCUACAGCUGGCAACACAGAACAGAUCAGAGCUGAAAAUGACCAGGAUCAGAUGACAACCAAUGUCUCAAAUGAGACAGAUCCAGUACUGGAUUCACUGCCCAUCACUUCAGAGGAAUUGGAAGAAGAAAUGUUCCAAAGUCCUGACUGUACUCAUACAACUUCUACAGCUGGCAACACAGAAAAGAUCAGAGCUGAAAAUGACCAGGAUCAGAUGACAACCAAUGUCCCAAACAAGACAGAUCCAGUCCUGGAUUCACUGCCCAUCACUUCAGAGGAAUUGGAAGAAGAAAGGUCCCAAAGUCCUGACUGUAUUCAUACAACUUCCACAGCUGGCAACACAGAACAGAUCAGAGCUGAAAAUGACCAGGAUGAGAUGACAACCAAUGUCUCAAAUGAGACAGAUCCAGUACUGGAUUCACUGCCCAUCACUUCAGAGGAAUUGAAAGAAGAAAUGUCCCAAAGACCUUACUGUACUCCUACAACUUCUACAGCUGGCAACACAGAACAGUGUCAAAAACAUCACCUGAUGUGCACAACAGUAUCCUCUUUGGAGAAGUGUACUCAGUGUUUUGGACCUUGUUCUUCAUUCAAGUGGGUUGGUUACCAGUGCAAAGGUAAGAUAUUUUAUUAAUUUGUACCAUGAAUUAAUUAAUUUUAAUAGGAUGUAUG